AUGGAGCAUGGCUUCAGAACCCGCUUCAACAAGGACAUCGUGAAGGGUGGUCGUCAGACAUCACACAACUGCUCCUCGGACUCGUUGUUUGCCAACUACACUCUCUCGCUAGCCGAGUGCAAAGAGGCCUUCAGCUAUGCCAAUCUCAACUGUACCGCCUUUGGUGAAGAGCUCACUCAAGGAGGGAGCAUGUCCGGAUGUUGCCUCGCCUAUGAGACCUUCACCAACAACACCUACGAUCCAGCCAGUCCUCCCUGGUUGAAUCCAGUCCCUGAACAAAACCGGCCAGAUUGUGGUGAUGAUUAUACCGCGGGUGAUAAGAAGGUCAAUGAUUCGAAUGUCGAAACCAGUUUCUGGGCGGGCAUGUAUACCGAGUUCUGUAACACGAUUGGGGAUUACUCUGAUGGGGUUAUCAAUGGGCCGUGGUCGAUGGAGCAUGAGGAUCCUAGGGGCUGUGUGGUUUAUACAGUCACGGCGUUUUACAGGGCGCGGAGGAUGCUGGAGGAGGAGGACAAGGUUGGCGGGAUUACAACCGAGAACUCGACUGCGACGGUUUAG